UGAAAUUCUUCCCCGAUGUUAAAAUAUCGAAUGUUUUCAUACAGUAGCUUACAUCGAUAAUCUACCAUUAUUAACCUCUUGUCAGUCACAACAGACGAGAAACCACCAGGCCAUGAGGGGCCAUUUGGGGGUGUUAAGCCGGCAAUUGUCGACUAUUAAAGCUGGACGAUUGGCACGCAAUGGCUGGAUAUGUCACUCAUGUCGAACCGGUCAGGUUCGGCGCAAGCUGUUUAGCAGUAGUGCAGCUUUGCGGGAUGCUAAGGAGAAGCCGUAUUAUGUGACAACGCCGAUUUUUUACGUUAACGCUUCUCCCCACGUCGGUCAUCUAUAUAGCAUGUUGAUCGCAGACGUCCUAAAACGAUGGCAAGUCCUAAAAGGCAGACCGGCGAUUCUAAGCACAGGUACCGACGAACACGGCAUGAAAGUCCAACGCGCGGCCGAAUUACAAGAUGUCCCUCCGAAAGCCCUAUGCGAUGCGAACGCCGAGACGUUUAAGGACCUCGCGAGGAAAGCGAAUAUUUCAAACGACCACUUUAUACGAACCACGGAUCCCGAACAUAGAGAUGCGGUUGAAUAUUUCUGGACGGGCUUGAGGGAUAGUGGAUAUAUUUACGAGACUAAACAUGAGGGCUGGUAUUGCGUUAGUGAUGAGACGUAUUAUCCAGAUAACGCGGUCGAGAAACGUGUCUCGCCUGUAACGGGGAAGACGUUUAUGGCGUCGGUUGAGACGGGGAAUGCGGUUGAGUGGACCGAGGAGAGGAAUUACCAUUUUCGAUUGACGGCUUUCCGAGACAGGCUAUUGAAAUUCUACGCUGAGAGCCCGGGGUGGAUUGUUCCGAGUAAUCGCUUCGCGGAGGUGGUUAGUUGGGUCCAAAAUAACCUGGAGGAUCUUUCGAUAUCGCGGCCGGUCAGUCGUCUGGAUUGGGGUAUUCCGGUGCCGGAUGACUCGAGUCAGACUAUUUACGUAUGGGUCGAUGCUCUGAUCAAUUAUAUCACGGUCGCUGGAUAUCCUGUGUGGCCACCGGGCGACGAGCAUACGAAGGGGUGGCCGGCUGAUGUGCAUAUUGUUGGGAAAGAUAUUGUUCGCUUCCAUAGCGUAUACUGGCCUGCAUUGCUUAUGGCACUGGAUCUCCCCCUGCCGAAACGCAUUCUCAGUCACGGACACUGGUUAAUGAGCCGACAGAAGAUGUCCAAGUCAGUUGGCAACGUGGUGAACCCUUUCUUCGCUAUUGAUCGUUGGGGUGUGGAUACCAUGCGAUACUUUUUAAUCUACAACGGCGCUAUGGCUCACGACUCCGACUACAGCAACGAGUUUAUUGUUGAUAGGUACAAGAAGGGCUUACAGAGAGGCCUUGGCAACCUACUCAACCGAAUCACGCGGCCGAAGAAUUGGAAAGUAGCGGAAAUAGUGUCGUCUAUGAGUAGCAAACAAUCUGAGCCGCUUCCGGAAGUGGUUGACAUCCACCGAGGAGAGUUGGAGAGGCUUGUAGGGAAGGUUGAGGGCCAUAUGGAAGAAUUGAAUCCUAGCGGCGCAUUGAGGGAGAUUAUGAAACUUGUAUUUGAGACAAAUAGGUUCAUACAAGAAGCAUCACCUUGGGCCAAAACCGAUGAAGAUGAUGCGGCGGCGGUCGAACAAAUCGUAUUUUACGCAGCCGAGUCAUUGCGUCUCGUGGGUAUUCUUCUUCAGCCAUUUAUCCCUGAGAAGGCAAAUGAGUUCCUGGAUAGGCUUGGCGUUAGUCAUGACAGAAGGACGAUACAGUAUGCGGUGUUACACGCAGAUGAUUCUUAUGGGACCCCUAUGAUAACACUUGGCGAGGGCGCACAUAGCAGUUUGUUCCCACCGAUUCCUGUAGAGGAUUAAUGUGCAAGGAACAGUAUAUGAUGUAAAUACAUCGGACAUUGUAAAAUCAGAUAAAAGUAUAAAUAUGAUGAUACCCAGGGAAAACUCCCCUUUUUGCAAAUUCCGAACUGAAGUCUGAUGUGGUGAUAUCGUAAGAUAGCGGGCCAAAUAGGUACAUGUGUCGGGUAACAUGCACCUAAAUUUAUAGGGAGAAUAGUUGAU